GCCGGGUCCCCUACCUCGGCGCGGUCCCCCGGCGGGCCGCGGGGCUGGUAUCGCCCGCCUCCCCUCCCAACCCCGAAGUUGGUCGGCUCCGAGCCUGCCGGCGCAGCGCACGGACAGGCGAGUCCGCACCGACGUCCAGGCCCGGGAGCUCGGUCCGGGGGCCCGGAGGGAUGCGACUCGCGUUGUAGCGGCCCGCGGGGGGCGGGGAGGCCGCCGUGAGGAGGCGGAGCUGAGAGCCCGCCAGUCCGCCGGGGCCGCCGCCACGGUCCUCUGCUCUCCUCCCCGCUCGCCACCGCACGCCCCCACCCCGGGCCGGCUCGCCUCCAUCGCGGCCGCGGCUUCCGUCCUCCGUAGCUGCGCCGCCGGAGGAAACGGAAGAAAGCGCAAGCCAUGGAGGGGAACCGGGAUGAGGCGGAGAAAUGUGUCGAGAUCGCCCGGGAGGCCCUGAACGCCGGCAACCGCGAGAAGGCCCAGCGCUUCCUGCAGAAGGCGGAGAAGCUCUACCCACUGCCCUCGGCCCGUGCACUAUUGGAAAUCAUUAUGAAAAAUGGAAGCACGGCUGGAAAUAGCCCUCACUGCCGAAAACCAUCAGGUUGUGGUGACCAAAACAAGCCUAAUUGCACGAAGGACGGCAUAUCUGGUAGUGGUGAAAGUGGAAAAGGCUACACCAAAGAUCAAGUAGAUGGAGUUCUCAGCAUAAACAAAUGUAAAAAUUACUAUGAAGUACUUGGAGUUACCAAAGAUGCUGGUGAUGAAGAUUUGAAAAAAGCUUAUAGAAAGCUUGCUUUGAAGUUUCAUCCAGACAAAAACCAUGCACCUGGAGCAACAGAUGCUUUUAAAAAGAUUGGAAAUGCUUAUGCUGUUUUAAGCAAUCCAGAAAAACGAAAACAAUAUGACCUCACGGGCAAUGAAGAACAAGCAUGUAAUCACCAGAACAAUGGUAGAUUUAAUUUCCAUAGAGGUUGUGAAGCUGAUAUAACUCCAGAAGACUUGUUUAAUAUAUUCUUUGGUGGUGGAUUUCCUUCAGGUAGCGUACAUUCAUUUUCAAAUGGACGAGCUGGUUAUAGCCAUCAACAUCAGCAUCGACAUAGUGGACAUGAAAGAGAAGAAGAAAGAGGAGAUGGAGGUUUUUCUGUGUUUAUCCAGCUGAUGCCCAUUAUUGUAUUGAUCCUCGUGUCAUUAUUAAGCCAAUUGAUGGUCUCUAAUCCUCCUUAUUCCUUAUAUCCCAGAUCUGGAUCAGGGCAAACUAUUAAAAUGCAGACAGAAAACUUGGGUGUCGUUUAUUAUGUCAACAAGGACUUUAAAAAUGAAUAUAAAGGAAUGUUAUUACAAAAAGUAGAAAAGAGUGUGGAAGAAGAUUAUGUGACUAAUAUUCGAAAUAAUUGCUGGAAAGAAAGACAACAAAGUAAAAACAGAUAUGCAGUAUGCCGCAAAAGUAUACCGUGACGAUCGUCUCCGAAGGAAGGCAGAUGCCUUGAGCAUGGACAACUGUAAAGAAUUGGAGCGGCUGACCAGUAUUUAUAAAGGAGGAUGAACUGGGAUUGUGUUUAUACCUUCUAGUGUACUCUUAAUUUCUUCCGUAAGUAAGUUUAGUUUCAUCAUGAGAGCUAAAGAAAAAGAUUGGAUGUUAACAACGAAACUGAAUGGUUGGUCCCUGAAAUCUUGGACUGUUUGUGACCUACUGGCUCCUUUAAAUAGUAAGGAACUGAAAACUAAAAGUAACAUUUUCGUUAUGCUUCUGCAGUUAUUUUCACUCUAAAAGCUUACAUUAUUCCUAAAUAAAAUGUUGUGAGAAAGGAUUAUCACACCUGUGGCAGUUUCCAGUUUUAGUAGUUCUCCAUGUUUCCUUUUGUCAUGUAAAUAUUUCUGGAAUGAUCAUUUUGUGUACAUACGGGUUACUACAUUUUUAUUUAAAUUCUUUCAGCAUUUAGCUCCAUGAGACACUUUAGUUUAAACUGAUAGAAUAAAUGUCCUAUGAGAAAGUUACGUUUUCCUUGUCAGAUGUCGAAUGUUGGUGGAGUUUAAGCAAUGAAACUUUUUCAAAAAGAAAAGAAAAAACAAAAGCUGUUUAACUUUGUGUAAAUCUUGUAGCAUUAUCAGCUUAGAGGGAAUUGAUAUUUUUAAUAUUGCCAUUAUAUUCCAGAAUAUAUAUUGAGAUAAAUGAACUGGUGUAGAGUAUCAGUUUGCUAUUUAGUUUUAUGAAUUGCUAAGCCAUGCAUAGAAAUGAAAUGCUAUACUGAUAGAUUUUAAAGAAAAUAUGAGGAAAUGGCUAUGUAGAUAUUAAACAGAAAGGGUCUUCAACAGUAAAUUGCACUUAUGUCAUUUGCAAUUCCAAUAAUUAUAAGCCCCUCAAAUGUUUAUAUAUCUGUCAUUGAAGGCUGCUAAGAUUUAUGAAGAAGAAGACCCACCUGUUUUGUCCCCCAUGGAAAUUUUAGUUUUUUCUUAGUUAUCAUUUAAGCAGGAUCUCAAGUAAAUGGGUUCUUCUACAAAUGAGUAAUAAAAAAAAAAAUUCCUACUAAAAUGAAGCUUCGUGCCUUUUAACCUGAUUGCCAACUCUUAAACAUAUAAGUAGAUUACAGCACACUUAUUUGAUCAGAGCAUGAUCUGUUUGGCCAUAUGCAACAGUGAGCAGAAAUAUAGCAGCAGGUAGAAUAGUGAUUUAUAGCAAGUUAUCCUUACAAAAUUCUGAGCUAAAAUCUAUUCACCAUUGAGUAAUUCAAUUAGUCUAAUAGGAAUAAGCUCUCUGUAAUUCAAUCCAUAAUAUAAAUUAGAAAAAUAAGCUGGGAAUUGAAGUUUUUGGUGCCUGUAUAUUGAGUAUGAACCUAUUUGAUUUCUAGUCUGACAGCUGUAAUAUUUUAAUGAUUUUGCUUCAUACUCAGUUAAUGGAACACAAAUGCAUCUUUGGUAGUUUUUUUUUUGGUAUGUGAGGGGAUGCCAGUUAGAGUGGCAGUGUUCUUUUAUUUAAAGAUUUUUUUUUCUGAAUGUAGUUAAUUUUAUAGCACCUGUUCAGUAAAACCGCUAAAAUGAUCAUUCUUUUUAAAAAUAUUCUCUUAUAUCCCCUUUUCCAGGUGAAUCAGUAGAAAUACCUGAAUGAAUUAGUGGGUUAAACUAAACAACAUACUGUUCCAGGAAAACUGGACAGCUAAACCAGUUUUCUUUUAGAAAUAUUUAAAGAAAUAAAAUAAUAGCAGUGCUAAAAGAAAAUACAAAUUUAAAUAUGUUCUUGAGCCUGUAGAGUGAAUUUUUUAAAAAUAAGGUCAUAGCAUUCUAAUUAACUUUGAAAGUUCAUGUACAUCAGAAAACUUACAAAAAUUUAAGAGAAAAAAUCUCAUCCUUUUAUUUUUCCAGCUUUAGUGGGAAAUUUACACUAUUGUGAUUGAUGCUAAUGUGAACUGAACUCUUGUUGAGUGAUUCUUUUUCCCUUAAUCUCGGCUUUUUAAGGGGAUUCAUGUAGUUAUCAAAUGAAGUGAAGUUAUAUGUUAUGGAGUCAUGUGUGGCUUUUGGACAGUAUUAUAUUUCAGUUGCAUUGCUGCAUUCCAUCACAUUUCAUAAAAUGUUUGGGGGAGUGUGUUUGAGAAAAUAAAAUUUUCAGACAACUGUGCGAAAUACCUGAUUGAGUGCCUGAUAAUUUAAGCCACGUAUAAAGUAUGCAAGGAAAGAUUAAGUCCUUAAUGUCGUCUAUAUUUUGGUGUAAAGACCCAACCAAGUGUCUUAGAAUUUGGGGUUAAUUCUACAAAGUAAGAGGAUUUUAACUAUCUUGAGAUAGAGGAUGUUCAUAUUUUCUACUCUUCUGAUAAAAAUCUCAACUUUUACCAUCUUAUUUUUAGCUACAUGAGCUUUGCAAUUUCAUUUGAUAACUUGUACUAUUCAUUUUAAUCAUUGCCUCAAAGCUCUCAAUCUCUGAGUAUUGCUUUACUAGCUGUUCUAACUAGUAUUUGAGAAGUUUGGCCGCAACUAUAUUUAUUAAUGCUUUACAUUUUUAUCCCUUUUUACAUACAUACAUAUAAACAUCAUUGUCCUUGUAAGGAUUUGGGGGAAAGUAAAUAGUAUCUUUUCUCCUCCUUUUUUGAUUCCUUAGUUCCCAAAUAGACUGGUGCUAGUCAUUUAUAAGCUUCAGAAUUUAUUUUGAUCAAAUCUGAGAAUGUCAUUCUCAAUGAGAAAAUUCAAGUUUUAAUCCAUCUAGUAUGUAAAAAUAAUAUAUUUUGGGGACGGAUUGCAUUUGAAUGCUUAAAUAAGAAUUUGUUUCAUAAUCAUUGCAUUUUUAUUUAUAAUAUACACAGAUUUGGUAGAAUAAAUCCUUAAGGCGUAUAUAUGCCAAUGCAUUAAGCCACUCUGCUUUUGUGUCAGCUCAGGUGUUCACAAGAAUAGGAAUGUGGAGUUUCAGCCCUUCACUGUAAUUGCACUUUUAUGCUUAAGUUUUCUUCCUGUUAAAUCUUCAGCUACACUAGUAUGUAAAAUAGUGUAUAGUGAGAGAAAUGAUCACCCUCUUCAUUUCUCUUUGUUGCUCUGUUGUAAUAGUUUUAAAUGCAUCUGUUUUUUAAUAACUGUGACAUAUUCUUAAUAACGUAUUCCCACAUAUUUCGUUAAAAAUUAAAUCUCCCGCUUGUGUUAAGACAGUGAAACAUUUUUUGAUGUUGACUUGAGAACCAAAUGAGCCAUCUUUCCAGUUAAGUAAGUGUUACGGCAAAGGACCAUAUAGUUCAAAAGGAGAAUUUGUGCAUUUAUUUAGUUUCCCCAAAUGAAGGUUCAGGACUACCCACGUUACUAUCUGUCUUCAUACUGAGUGUAGCAAACUGAAAGGGCAUCAUAAUCUUUUUUUUUUUUUCUCUGAACAGAAAAAGUCCUGAAAAUGAACAAUAAAUCUGAAUUUUAAUCUUUACUAAGUCGCCAAAAAACCAUGUCUGUUGGCCACGUUGGACAGUUGCCUAGUUAAAAUCCAUAACAUCCUCUAUAAACCAAUGAAAAAGGAAAGAAUAGUAUAACAAUAACUCAUAAAACAUUUUUUGAUUUUAAUUUUUAAGUACAAAGAAAAAGUGAGUAGAAUGAGGAUCUUCAAGGAACUCUUACACAUCCCUUUAAUAAUCUGAUAGGCAACACAGUCCUAGAAUUCAGGCUUCCUUUUUGGUUUCCAUUACUAUUAAAUAGACACUUUCAUGUAAAUGGAAACAUUUUCCCUCAAAACAUUAACUCAAAACAUACUCCUUAUAUUAAGGAUUAUAUAACCGCGUGUUUUGUAAGUUCCCUGUGUGUAACUUUUUCCUGUUGGUAUGUGAUUCGUUCUCAUUUAAUUUUAUUAUCUGCUGGUUUUGGGGCCAAUGGACUUGUGAAUAUUCUGUGGACGUGUCCAUGUAUAGGUGUAUAUAUAUAUAUAUUUUUCCAGCUAAUACCUCAAAUGUGUGAUUGUUUAAUAUAUACCACACUAUGUUUGCACAGAGCAGGGCUUCCAGUAGCCAUGGAUAUUCUUACUUCUAACUUUGAAAAUCAUUCCACAGAAUUUCAUUGGUGUGAAUUCUUUCUAUUGAUCCGUUUCAAAUUUUAAACAGAGAUUCCUGUUAUAAGGCUCAUACUUCAAAUAUAACUGUAUGUUUCUGUAUCUAGCAGUGGAAAUAUGUCAGGGUAAGAAGUGUUUCUUGAAGUGUCUAGUUUAGUAAGUUUUUAUUAACCAUUGGGACUACUGGUCACCGGGCUGUCUACUGACUGCACAGUGAUGACACCCGGCAUGAAUUUGAGCAAGUCUUACUCACUUUGGCACAGGAGUCAGGCCAUUCCAAUCUGAUUCUACUAUGCCAUUUAAGAGUGCCACUAAAAUAAUAGAGGUUUUCGAGUGACACUGUAGUAUUUUAAGCAUCGAUUUCAAAAUGAAUUGUUUUUUGAGUUGGCUGACCAUACCAAUGAGAAGAAAGAAACUCACACAUAAAUGGUAUUUUAUAAUUUAUUUAUAUUAAGAAAUGCUUCUUACCUAUUUUGGUUUUGGUUUUGUUUUUUGGAUAGCUACAUAAGACUUUUCCACUUAAAGUUUAAAUCAUGUGUUUUUUAAAGCUGCAGGUAGUUUUCAAGGUGUGAUGGAAUUUUAAUGGAAGCCUUGUAUAAGUUAAAUGAAGUGAUACUGGUAAAGGAGAGCUAACUUUAUUUGUCUAUAGUGCAUUCAAGAUUAUACAAUUAGAUUUAAAAAUGAAAUGUCUGAUUUGUAAAAUACUUACUGUUAUAUCAGACUUAUAAAAUAAAAUUUUCUGUGUGAGAACUCUGUUAAAGAAAAUGCACUUGAUUUUUAAUGAAUGUUCUGCUGAAUGAUUUGUGAUGAAUUUUUGUCUUUCAGUCUCUGCAGUUUAUCUCAAUAUAUGAAUAAAAAGAAGGUCUGUUCUCACUGUAAA